AUGACCAAGUCACUCCUCUCCGUUGCUCUUCUCACCACGGUUGCGCUCGCCGCACCCCGCCCUGAUGUCGAAGUCGUCCAGGUCCGCCAGGUCGAGAAGCGCCAGGAAUCCUCCGUCGACUUGAGCGACCUGAUCCCCACGUCCAUCGACCUCGGCGACCUCGCCUCCCUCAUUCCCACCGACCUCGCCUCAGCUAUCCCCACCGACCUCGACCUGAGCUCUCUGAUCGGCGACGUCGCGACUCUCAUCCCUUCCGGCUGCCUGCCGCCCAGCGAUCUCGCCACCCCGCCCACGCCGCCCGCUGAUGUCGAGUCCGCCAUCCUCAGCUACACCGACGUCUGCCACGAGCCCUCUUUCACCGGCGAUGUCGGCAAGCACUACACCUCCUACCUGAGCGCCGCCAGCGCGUGGGCCGAAUCCAACGGACCUGUCUUCUCCAGCUGGUACUCCGACUUCCAGACCGCGUGCCCCUACGCCUCCGCCGUUCCCACGGAUGCCGGCGACAUCAGCUCCCUGCUUGCCAGCUACUCCGUUACUCUCCCCUCGUGCGGCAGCGCGACUGCUUCCAGCGCAAAGCAGACCGGCUCGGCCAGCGGCAACGCUACGGCUAAGACCUCCGGCACUGGCUCUUCCACUGGUUCUUCCGAGUCUGCUGCUUCGUCGAGCGAGUCCGGCUCUGCUCAGAGCGCUAACAACACAGGCGCUGCUCCCCAGCAGACUGCUUUCGCGGCUGUCGCUGGUGUUGUCGCCGGUUUCGCGGGUGUGGUUGCGUACUUGUAG